AGGGGAGUUCUGCGCCUGACGUCAGGCGCAAAACCCUACCCUUCCUUCUGAUUGGCGGACUGGGUAGUCACGCCCCCCUCCGAAGGAGUGAGCGUAGAGGGGAAGUCCGCCCCCUCCGGAGAUCGGAAGGGCGCCCCGCACAUGGACGAGAUCCGCCCAGCUUCUCCAACUGCCCUCCCGCCCGGAAGUGUGGGGCUCGGAGCUCGGCGCCGGGGAGGCGGGGCGGGAAACACUGGUAGCACACAAAGAUUCCUCCAAGACUUGAGAUCUAAAGCCCCGGGUUGAAGCUAGGCCGUUAACCUAUGAAGUGGAUUUGGGAGACGCAUACCUCUGAGGUUCUGCGGGCGUGGAAAAGAGGGGCUUUGUAGUGCAUCCCUGAGCAUGAACGCAGAAUGAAGCGGCGUCUGGAGGACCAGGAGUCACCAGUGUAUGCAGCCCAGCAGCGGAGGAUCCCUAGUGGCACAGAGGCUUUUCCUCACCAGCACCGUGUGCUUGCCCCUGCGCCUCCUGUGUAUGAAGCAGUGUCUGAGACCAUGCAGUCAGCCACUGGCAUUCAGUACUCAGUGACACCCAGCUACCAGGUUUCAGCUGUACCACAGAGCUCUGGCAGCCAUGGGCCCACCAUAGCAGCAGUUCAUAGCAGCCACCAUCACCCAACAGCUGUGCAGCCCCAUGGAAGCCAGGUAGUCCAGAGCCAUGCCCAUCCAGCACCACCAGUCGCACCAGUGCAGGGGCAGCAGCAGUUUCAGAGGCUCAAGGUGGAGGAUGCGUUGUCCUAUCUUGACCAGGUGAAGCUACAGUUUGGCAGUCAGCCUCAGGUCUACAAUGAUUUCCUUGACAUAAUGAAGGAAUUUAAAUCUCAAAGCAUUGACACUCCAGGAGUGAUCAGUCGUGUGUCCCAGCUAUUCAAAGGCCACCCUGACCUGAUCAUGGGCUUCAACACCUUCUUGCCACCUGGUUACAAAAUUGAGGUGCAGACCAAUGACAUGGUGAACGUGACAACUCCUGGCCAGGUUCAUCAGAUCCCUACCCAUGGCAUCCAGCCCCAGCCUCAGCCACCACCCCAACAUCCUUCCCAGCCUUCAGCCCAAUCAGCCCCAGCUACUGCCCAACCAGCUCCUCAGCCUCCACCUGCCAAAGUCAGUAAGCCUUCCCAACUACAAGCACAUACUCCAGCCAGUCAGCAGACUCCCCCUGUCCCACCAUAUGCAUCCCCACGGUCUCCACCGGUCCAGCCUCAUACACCAGUGACAAUCUCGUUGGGAACGGCCCCAUCCUUGCAGAACAAUCAGCCUGUGGAGUUUAAUCAUGCCAUCAACUAUGUUAAUAAGAUCAAGAAUAGAUUCCAGGGCCAGCCAGACAUCUACAAAGCAUUCCUGGAGAUUUUACACACCUAUCAGAAAGAGCAGCGAAAUGCCAAGGAAGCUGGAGGAAACUACACCCCCGCUUUGACUGAGCAGGAGGUAUAUGCCCAGGUGGCUCGCCUCUUUAAAAACCAGGAAGAUCUAUUGUCAGAGUUCGGACAAUUCCUGCCAGAUGCCAACAGUUCUGUGCUUUUAAGCAAAACAACUGCGGAGAAGGUUGAUUCUGUGAGAAAUGAUCAUGGAGGCACUGUGAAGAAACCACAGCUGAACAACAAACCGCAGAGACCCAGCCAGAACGGCUGCCAGAUCCGCAGGCACUCUGGGACGGGAACCACCCCUCCAGUGAAGAAGAAACCCAAACUACUCAGCCUAAAGGAUUCUUCCAUGGCAGAUGCAAGCAAGCAUGGUGUUGGAACUGAGUCAUUAUUUUUUGAUAAGGUCCGAAAGGCUCUGCGGAGUGCAGAGGCCUAUGAGAAUUUCCUGCGCUGUCUUGUUAUCUUUAACCAGGAGGUCAUCUCUCGGGCUGAACUUGUACAGCUAGUUUCUCCUUUUCUAGGGAAAUUCCCUGAAUUGUUUAAUUGGUUUAAAAACUUUCUGGGCUAUAAGGAGUCUGUGCAUUUGGAAACCUUUCCAAAGGAAAGAGCUACAGAGGGCAUUGCCAUGGAGAUAGAUUAUGCCUCUUGUAAAAGGUUAGGCUCCAGCUAUCGAGCCCUGCCCAAAAGUUACCAGCAGCCCAAGUGUACAGGACGGACUCCACUCUGUAAAGAGGUUUUAAAUGACACCUGGGUUUCCUUCCCAUCAUGGUCUGAGGACUCCACAUUUGUUAGUUCAAAGAAGACUCAGUAUGAAGAACAUAUUUAUCGUUGUGAAGAUGAGCGUUUUGAGCUUGAUGUAGUUUUAGAGACCAAUUUGGCAACCAUCCGAGUUCUAGAAGCAAUACAGAAAAAACUUUCCCGCUUGUCUGCUGAAGAACAAGCCAAAUUCCGCUUGGAUAACACCCUCGGGGGUACAUCGGAAGUCAUCCACCGAAAGGCACUGCAGAGGAUAUACGCAGACAAGGCAGCGGACAUCAUUGAUGGGCUGCGAAAGAACCCCUCCAUCGCCGUGCCGAUUGUCCUCAAGAGGUUAAAGAUGAAAGAAGAAGAAUGGCGAGAAGCUCAAAGAGGAUUUAACAAGGUGUGGCGAGAGCAAAAUGAGAAGUACUACUUGAAAUCUCUGGACCACCAAGGCAUCAAUUUUAAACAGAAUGACACGAAGGUCCUGAGGUCCAAGAGUUUACUCAAUGAGAUUGAAAGUAUUUAUGAUGAGAGGCAAGAGCAGGCUACAGAAGAGAAUGCUGGUGUCCCUGUUGGCCCACACCUCUCACUGGCCUAUGAAGACAAGCAGAUCCUGGAAGAUGCUGCUGCUCUGAUUAUCCAUCAUGUGAAGAGGCAGACAGGCAUUCAGAAGGAGGACAAGUAUAAAAUCAAGCAGAUUAUGCAUCAUUUCAUUCCAGAUCUGCUCUUUGCUCAGAGGGGCGACCUCUCAGAUGUGGAGGAAGAAGAAGAAGAAGAGAUGGAUGUAGAUGAAGCCACAGGGGCAGCCAAGAAGCACAAUGGUGUUGGGGGCAGCCCCCCUAAGUCAAAGCUCCUGUUCAGUAACACAACAGCUCAGAAAUUAAGGGGAAUGGAUGAAGUAUACAAUCUCUUCUAUGUCAAUAACAACUGGUACAUCUUCAUGCGACUGCACCAGAUUCUGUGCUUGAGGCUGCUGCGGAUUUGUUCCCAAGCUGAAAGGCAAAUUGAGGAAGAAAAUCGAGAGAGAGAAUGGGAACGGGAGGUGCUGGGCAUAAAGCGAGACAAGAGUGAUAGCCCUGCCAUCCAGCUUCGUCUCAAGGAGCCUAUGGACGUUGAUGUGGAAGAUUAUUACCCAGCUUUCCUGGACAUGGUGCGGAGUCUGCUCGAUGGCAACAUAGACUCAUCACAGUAUGAGGAUUCUCUGAGAGAAAUGUUCACCAUUCACGCCUACAUUGCCUUCACCAUGGACAAGCUGAUUCAGAGCAUUGUAAGACAGCUGCAGCACAUUGUCAGUGAUGAGAUCUGUGUGCAGGUGACUGACCUUUACCUGGCAGAGAACAACAAUGGUGCCACUGGCGGCCAGCUGAACACACAGACUUCAAGGAGUCUCCUGGAGUCCACGUAUCAGCGGAAGGCAGAGCAGCUCAUGUCAGAUGAGAACUGCUUUAAGCUUAUGUUUAUUCAGAGCCAAGGCCAGGUUCAGCUGACCAUUGAACUUCUCGACACAGAAGAGGAGAACUCAGAUGACCCUGUGGAAGCAGAGCGCUGGUCAGACUAUGUGGAGCGCUACAUGAAUUCCGACACUACCUCCCCUGAGCUGCGAGAGCAUCUGGCUCAGAAACCAGUGUUUCUCCCAAGGAAUCUACGACGGAUCCGGAAGUGUCAGCGUGGUCGAGAACAGCAGGAAAAAGAAGGGAAAGAAGGAAACAGUAAGAAGACCAUGGAGAGUGUAGACAGCCUGGAUAAGCUGGAGUGCAGAUUCAAACUGAAUUCCUAUAAGAUGGUCUAUGUGAUCAAGUCAGAGGACUACAUGUAUCGGAGGACCGCCUUGCUCCGGGCUCAUCAGUCCCAUGAACGUGUUAGCAAGCGUCUGCAUCAGAGGUUCCAGGCCUGGGUAGAUAAAUGGACCAAGGAGCAUGUGCCCCGUGAAAUGGCAGCGGAGACCAGCAAGUGGCUCAUGGGUGAGGGGCUGGAGGGCCUGGUGCCCUGUACCACCACCUGUGACACAGAGACCCUGCACUUUGUAAGCAUUAACAAGUAUCGUGUCAAAUACGGCACAGUAUUCAAGGCUCCUUAACUGCAAAGCAAGAACAGUAACUUGAGGAGGGGUGUGUGUGUCUGUGUGUCUGUGUGUCUGUGUGUGGGCGGGCACGUGCACUCACACACCCUGAAGAAGCAAGGAAGAAGCCCUUUCCAACCUCCCUGGGACAUGGAUGGCCACUGGUGCAACUUGUCACCAGGUGUGUAUACACCUAAGGAAGGUGGACAUCUUGCAAAGCCGGAGUUGGCACUUCUCCAAGGAUGUCAGCUACUGACCCUCCAUGCAGGAGAAGGAAGCCCAUGCAAGCACAGAGACAUGCAGUUGCUUGCCACACCAGCAGAGCUAAGACUCGUGUCACCAGUGGCCUGACCUGUGACGGAGGAACCAGUGCUAUUUGUGCUUCAACUGGAUGGAGGUGCACUUACAAAACAGACUGGGGAAGGACUUGGUCAGAUGGAUUAUAACGGGGAUGACCACGGCUCCUCCCUCUUCCCACCAAGGGAAAAGAGACUGGAUUUAUUUGAUCUUCUCCACCCCACCCUCAUCCCCUGGUCACUUGAGCACAUCUAAGAUCACCCAUUAGGUUUUACGUGGGACCUGCAGUUGGCUUUGGGAUUUAUCAUCUUGUGGAUCUGAUUCCUGAUGAAUCCCUUGCUGCUCAUCCCUUCUCUCCUCUGGUUCUCAACCUCAAGAAGUUCAAAUCAGUCAUCCUUUUUAGCUCCUGUGGAACUGUUUUGUACCUGCUUCUUUACUAGUCUCCUUAAUGCCAUCCACCAGCUUUACUCUGACACACGUGCACGCACACACACAAUUUUAACUUUUUUUUUUGUAAGUAAUGUACAUACUGUCAAUUUUUUAUUAAAAGAAAUAUGCUUUGA